GGUUAUACCAAGCAUACCACGAGGCACGAGGCGUGAAAACGACCACUACAUAUUAUCACUUAUAUAAUUUAGCCUUACGGCUUACACAUUAUAAUAUGACGUGAUAUAAACCGCCGAGAUAACACCGUGAUACUAAGCACGCCGUGCUCAGCACGGUAGACUUGACGAAUUUAACAAAACGUACAAGCGGAUUAUGGUGCUUAAAAAAUCAAAAAAUAAAAAAGAAGCGUAAUUUGAUCGUGAAACUGUGCGUAUUCGUCUACCGUUAUUCGUUAUAAUACGAAUUAUAGAUUAUCAUAAAGAUGUGUGGACCACGAUAAUCGAGUGGAUAGAUAGGCCUCACCUCUUACCAGUGGUCAUAUAAUUCCGAAUAGAUUACAAUAAUAAUAUUAUAUUACAUAAUAACGAUUAAGAAUCAUCUAUCCGUGGAUACGACUGAUCUGUUGACGAUAGGAUGUGUUAUUUAGGUUAUCUGUUAUUUCGGAUUUAUUAUUUAAUUGCACAUUGAAUAAUAAUUAAUAAUUAUUAUUAUAUUACUCGGUGUUGUUACAUCAUUACAUUAUAUCGAUUGUGGUUAUCGGUUAUCAGUUAUCGAAAAAAUUACCACCGUUGUCAUAAUACGAAUAAUACGAUCACGUUUAUUUGAUCGCAACGAAAGACCAAAGUGCCUAUUUGUACCACAGAUUAAUUAUCCGUUCGUACUCGGUACUUGGUGAUGUAUACCCAGUAAUUUAGUAGAUAAUACAUUUAAAUCGCUUUAUCCGUUUUCCAUUUGUAUAUUCUAUUGAUUAUCGGUAUUCGAGGUCAUGUUUAGAUAAAGCUAUGAGAAAAGUACAUACUCGAGUUAAUAUUAUGGAUUUGAAAAAUACAUUAUGGUGUAACAUGCUAGACAUUUUACAUGUUCUAAGUGUUGUAGAUACACGUGCAGUAUGCUUAUUGCUUUGUGUGAUUCUUUAAACAGCAGUCUGCUGCACAGCUAGAAAAAUAUGUACUAGAGUUUAAAAGAUCAUUUUGAAAAUAUUUUUAAAAAUGGAGAAAUGGUUGAUUCAGUCUAUAUGGAUUGCCGUGUUUGGAUUUCUGAAGGAAUUUCGACCCGAAGAUCCUUACAUUAUUCAAUAUUUGACAAAUCCACCGAUGAAUUUUACAAAUCAAGAAGUGAAUCAAGAAAUAUUUCCAGUGUCAACUUAUACUUGCCUCGGCCUUACAGUUGUUAUGUUUUUGAUUACUGAUUAUUUACGCUACAAACCAAUUGUUGUCCUAAAUGCUGUAUCAAGUUUAAUUGUUCAGAUAUUAUUGAUUUUUACUCGAUCAAAGACUGACAUGAAGAUAAUGGAAGUAUUUUACGGCACCAUGAUAGCCUGUGAAGUUGCAUACUAUACAUACGUUUACUCAAAAGUAGAUAAAAAAUAUUACAAAACUGUUUCUAGCCACAUGAAAAUGGGAUGUCUUUUAGGCCGACUUGUAUCAGCCUUACUUGCUCAAACAUUGAUUGAUAAUCAUGUAUUAACUGUUUCUCAUUUAAAUUAUUUAACAUUAGCUGGUGCAAUUGCAUCAAUAUUUUGGGCUUUUGGAUUACCUUCAAUUAAAAAUAGUUUAUAUUUUCAUCAAACUUCUGAACAUACAUACAUAAGAGAUAAUACAGGUAAAAAAGGCAUAUUCUUUCAUAAAAUAAAAUUUUUCAAUUUAUUUGGCUUAUUUUAUUGUUUGUUUUAUAAGCUUAAAAUAUACAGUAGUAGAUGAUGUAUUGAAUAAAAA